CUGGACGUCUACCUUCGCUGCCACACACAUACACACACAUAACAAACCAUCCGUUGAGAAGAUGUCCCAAGUCCAACAAUACUGGCUCCCAGGAUUUGGACUCUCCCGCCAUAUAGUCCUAGGGCAUAUCCAAUAUUUCCUCGGCCCAACGGCGUCAGUCAGGCCAUACACGUACCAGGUAACAACCUCCACCACGAAUGCCAAUGCGCACGCAGUUUCGCAAACAAGAUGGUCGCCCUAACGCUUGGAUUUGGUCAAGGGGCGCGAAGGUUAUUUGAUUGUUGGUGUACCUUUGACGCGGGAACAAAUCGACGAUCUAGCAGCCAUGUCAAGAGAAUACGAAAGACAGGAAUCCGUCCGCAUGGCAAAUGACUCCGUCCUGGACGGAUCCUCCUCCCCGAGAGGCGACUCCGAGCCAUAUAUCAAUGAUAUCGUGCCCGUGCGGAACUCGAGAUCCCGGACGAGACACGAGUCGCGGAGGGGUCUUUAGCUGGGGGGUUGUAGCAGUAUGAGCUGGAGUUGAUGGGUGGGUUAGGAGGAUGUAUCCUUUUUUUUAAUUCAUUUAUGGCUUUUCGAGCCGUUUGGUAUGGCUUUGCUGUGAUAUCCCUGGUUAUUAUUAUUGCCUUUGUUUUCUUAUUAUUGUUGUGGUUGUUGCGGUUUGUGUUUUCCUGGUUUCAUACCCAUUUUUAUAUCAUUGUUGUUGGUUUUCUCCCUCCCUCCCUGUCUCUCUUUCCCCUUUCUCAAAUCUACAUUACCACAUGCAUCACGAUUCAUCAACCAUGGAACGACCGUCAGUAUCGGCCUGACUCGCUUCCAGUUCCGAGUCUUGCCUCGCGUGGUCUUCUUUGACUUGAUAACUUGGAUACACUCUAGAAGUCUUUGAUGUUCCUUCUGUACUUAGACACAUACAUAUAUACUACCUCCUUAUACAGAUGUACAGACGGAGUCAUACAUGAGUCUAUGGCUUUCAAGCUCGUGGACUGCAGAUGGAAGGAAGGAUGACUGGCUCUAACCGGGACUGAAGAUC